AGCUGCCUCGGUCUCAAGUGUCGAUGGCCCCGCGAAGUCGCAACGUCGACUCGGAACCGACCGCUGCCUUCCACGAGCUUCGUAGUCCUCGCCACGAGUCCACCUCGAUCGCUGAUCCUCUGAAGGAGGACAAAUCGAGCCCAUUAGACUCUGCGAACCUCUUGUCCAUCGCUACAAUCUGGUGGCUGCAGCCCCUCUUGAUACGCGGCUAUAAGGCUCCUUUAACUGAAGACAGUGUGUGGGAAUUGCCUAAAAAGGACCAAUCUCACCGUCUACAAGCACGUUUCGAUGCCUCGUGGGCGAAUCAGGACCAAAAGAAGAAGAAAAAGCGGCCUAGUGUCAAUGUUGCGCUCUGGGAAGCCACCAAGGACAAGAUCUCCAUAGCUAUGGGUCUAUAUCUUAUCAGCGCGACACUUACACUCGUGCAGCCCUUUCUAAUCAAGGCUAUUCUCCAAAAUUUGGAAGGGGAAGACAACAUUUUCGGCAUUUCUUCGGGUUACGGACUCGCAGUGAUCCUAGGCUGUGUAGCUUUCUGUGGAGCCACUGCCAUCAAUUCCGCUCAGUUUCUGACUGCGAGAGCAGGUUGCAACGCUCGAAUGGUGGUAAUUAACAGUGUUUUCCAGAAAAUAUUGAGGCUUAGUGCAACGGCGAGGAGGACGAUGAACAGUGGGGAAGUGGUCACUUUGGCUGGAGUUGAUAGUGAGCGUGUUAUGGAGGCCUACACGAUUGGAUUGUGGUGUAUCAUCUCGCCUCUUAUCUUGACUGCGGAUUGCGUUUUGAUCGGUACACAAAUGGGAGUGUAUGUGGGUCUGGCGGUGGCUGCCACUAGUGUGAUGAUCAUGUAUGCGGCGUUCAUGACGUCGAAACAUAUUGGAAUUUACAGACGACGGAUCUCCAAAAUCAGUGCAAACAGGGUGAAACUAACGAACGAAGUGUUACUUGGUAUACGGGUGAUUAAAUUCUACGCGUGGGAAGACUCUAUAAACGAAACCAUCCGACAGAUUCGAGACCAAGAAGUGGCGUUGAUGCGGAGAUAUAACUAUCUGCGACUAACCAACGCAGUACUGAUGUUCCUAGCACCGACCAUAUUGAACAUGGUAUGCUUUCUGGUGUAUAUUCUACUGGACAAUACCUUGGAUGUGGCUACUGCGUUCGUGAUCUUAGCACUCACAAACGCCUGUAAGAUGGCGUUCAGUAUCUUCGCGAACGCAUCAGUGGCAGUUUCCGAAGCCAUCACUUCAACUGGUCGUUUAUCGGAUUUCUUGGUGUCUGGUGAGGUGGAAGAAGCUCAGCACGAACGGAAUAUGGAUCAUGAAAAAGCAGUAAUUUCUUUUAAAGACGCUGAUUUCCAGUGGGUAGAGGACACUCCAACAUUGACGCUAUCAAACAUCACGUUUACUCUCCAACCUGGAACGUUAACAGUGAUAGUAGGCCCCGUUGGUAGUGGCAAAUCCAGUCUUAUUAACGCCGUACUUGGAGAAAUGCACCAAAUUAAAGGAAUACGCGUAGUCCAGGGUGACGCAGCGUACGCAAGUCAACAAGCGUGGAUCCAGAACCAAACCGUGCGUGAUAACAUUUUAUUCGGCGAGCAAUACGAUGCACAACACUACCAUCGCGUAGUUAAGGCGUGUCAGUUGUUACCGGACUUUGAAAUGCUCGAGCAAGGCGACCAAACGGAGAUUGGUGAGCGUGGAAUUAACUUAAGUGGCGGUCAGAAAGCGCGCGUGGGUGUGGCAAGGGCCAUGUAUCGAGCGCGUAACUUCGACUUUGUAGUACUGGAUGACCCGCUAAGUGCGUUGGACGUACAUGUGGCAAACGCCGUGUUCUCGGAUGGUCUUAUGGGCAUUGCUCAGGGCUCAACUCGCUUGUUGGUGCUGAAUUCGCACUACCAUUUACUUCAGUAUGCAGACCGCAUAUUAGUCAUGUCGGAUGGCCAGAUCGUCGGAGAUGGCACGCUACAGCAGCUUGAAGAUGACUUCACGUUUCUUGCGACCUCACCUCGUACCAAAAACAUUGAUGAUAGUGAAGAAAGAGAUGAAAAAAUCACGCAACAACAAGGAAAGAUACAGGAGAGUGCAGUGGAGUUGAGUGGUAAACCAGGAGAGUCUAAGGAGAAGACUCCUAGAAAGUUGAUUGUGGAUGAGGAUCGUCGUGUUGGUUCUGUCCGGAUGAAGACUUACGUGAACUAUUUGGCUGCGUCGGAGUGGAAUGGCUACAUUUUAGCUGCUACCAUCUUCAUCUUGUUCACGAUCGCCCAAGUUGCGCUGUUUUUCUGCGAUUGGUUUCUGAGUCAAUGGUCUAAAGGAUCUAUCGAUCUCAGUCAGAAGAACUCCAUGACUGUCUAUGUGGGGAUAGUUGUCGCCUCUCUGCUACUGACAUUCAUCCGAUGUGUCUACUACAUGGAGAUCUGCAUGCGAUGUUCGGCCAAGCUGCAUUUCAACUAUAUCCGCAAAGUAUUAGGCGCUCCAGUGACCACUUUCUUCGACGUGACUCCUGUGGGACGUAUUCUCAACAGAUUUUCUCGAGAUCUGGAUCAAGUGGACAAUCCAUUACCGUAUUUCAGUCUGUGGAUGAUGCUGUAUAUCUUUCAGAUGGCGUCGGCGUUUAUUGUAUGUGCUGCUGCUGAUCCGUAUGUACUGAUUUUGUAUCUACCAGUGGGAUACGCCUUCAUGUUCGCCAUUAGACUGUACCAGUCCUCUGCUCGAGAACUUAAACGCUUGGAUAGUAUUUCACGAUCACCAUUCCUUAAUUUGGUAUCGGAGACGAUCUCUGGUAUCGAGACAGUGCGUUCGUACAAGAUGGUGGAGCAAUUCUCCUCUCAGUGUGAAGAUCUGUUGAACAACAACGCCAAAUUCUUCCUGCUAUUCCAGUCGGCUUCAAGGUGGUUUGCCAUGCGCACAGAUUGGCUAGUAUCUGUCAUUAUCGCUGCGGUAGCGAUCCUUGCGAUUGCAACAAAAUCGAGCUUAGGAGCUGCAGUCGCCGGCCUCGGACUGACGUAUGCUGCACAAUUAACUUCGAGUUUCCAACGGAUGACAACGCUAACGACUCAAGUCGAGAAUAUCAUGACGUGCUUCGAGCGUAUCGCUCACUAUGGAUCACUGGAUGAAGAAGGAUACAAGAGUACGCCUUCCAACAAGGAUUCGCUAUCUCCUGCGUGGCCAAAGACUGGCAAUGUCGUUUUCGAGAACGUCUCCAUGAGAUAUCGAGAAGAUCUACCACUGGUGUUGAAAGGUGUGUCCUUCUCGGUCGCUAGCGGGGAGAAAGUGGGUAUCUGUGGACGUACUGGAUCCGGUAAAAGCUCGCUUAUGAGUGUACUUUUCCGAGUGGUGGAGAUCCCAACAGCCGGUCAUGUACUCAUCGACGGCGUGGAUAUCGCUACCAUUACAGUGCACCAAUUGAGAACAAAGCUGACGAUUAUUCCACAGGAUCCGAUGCUUUUUAGUGGUUCACUACGUAUGAACCUGGACCCGUUUGCAGAGAAGAGUGACGCAGAGUUGUGGGAGGUACUACGGAAGGUUCACUUGGCUGAUACGGUGUCAUCGUGGGGCAAAGGACUGGAUUACGAAGUCGCGGAGAAGGGCGAGAACUUGUCGGUGGGACAGCGUCAGUUGUUGUGUAUCGCUCGUGCGUUGAUCCGAGACAGCAAAGUGAUCGUGAUGGAUGAAGCGACAGCCAAUGUGGAUCAGGAAUCGGACAAGCUGAUCCAACAGACGAUGAAGGAGAGCUUUGGCGGUGGUGAUAGCACGGUGUUGUGUAUUGCGCACCGUAUCGAGACGAUCAUGGACAGCGACAAGAUUUUGGUAUUGGAUGCCGGCAAGGUGGUAGAGUACGACACGCCAAGUACAUUGUUGCAGAUGGAGGGAGGAGUCUUUAACUCGUUGGUUGAGUCAGGCAAAGCUGUGGGGAUUCUGGAUUAAACCAAAUACGUUUUAAAGUGUAGUGCUGGACUGAACCAACAAUGUUCUAGACUAAAAAGAUGUUGAGAAUCAAUUACAGAUAGUAUGGUUUAAUGCAUGAUCACCAUAAUUACAUCCUCGUUUGUGGUCACUGGAUGAGCAGCGUAUGCCAGCAUCAUUGCUGCCCUCUGUCUGGUGCAUUGCGCACACCUUCGCGCCUUCCACUGCAGCUGUAAUCCAGAUCCUAACUGAC